AUGGCACCCAGAAUGCGCAUACCCACUGUCGAAUUCCGAUCGCUCCUUCUACCGCCCGUACGAAUUCCGAUACGCGCCCUCCAUACACUGUACCGCCCGCAAUGCGCCCCUCACAUACCGCGCCCCGCCUGUCCCACGCAGCGCCUCGAGCAGCGCCGCGCGCUCAACCUCUACAAAACGGCCAAGGCCAAGACAGUCCUCGGACAGCACAAAGUUCUCAACUUUAGCUCAUGGGAGAUUGAAAUUCUGGCGCCACUGCAAAGUGUAAAGCACCGAGUCAAACUAUGGCAGACAGACAAGAAGGCUAAGAAGCUGUCCGUAAUAGCGGAGAGCGCCUCCUUCGAAGAACUCCUCACACAACACGUCGGACCUGGGAAAAUGCUCUACUGCCUCAGCGAGGUCAAGAAAGGAAUGGCAAAGAGUCACAUCGACGACCCAGAGCGGCCAAUACCCGAAGAGUUGAAGGACUUCGCCAUCCACAACGCCUACACCUACCGAGCCCCAAAGACAGCGGGGCAAAAAGGCAAACAAAUAGGCGGCCUGAAAAACAUCAUCCUCAACGAGUCCAGCCCCGUCGAAUACUUCAGAAUGUGCAUGGACCGCGCCUACCAAUUCAUCGAAGCCGGACACGCCGUCGAAUUCCGGCUGCGCCUACAGGGAAAGAUGCUCUUGAAAGAAGAGCGCAUCAAGCCCGCAGGACCAGAGCGCUGGCUAUGGAUGCACACGCACUUCCCGCACCUGCGCCCCGAAAUCAUCAUGAAGAGCAUGCCCGAAGACACGCGCUACCUCAUCAACCCCGUGUCCGACGGCCGCCUCGUCCAAUGGGUCGCCGUCGCAGGCCACAAAGCAGAACCAGCCAUCAACCUCGACAAACGCCUCUUCCGCAUCAAGGACUCUGUGACCUCGUCCAUUCAAUCGGGGAACCAGGCUAUGUUGCCUAGGAUUAUGAGGCAGCAGCUGCGGAAUCAGGGGUCGGAGGAUUAUAGUAUCAAUACGGGGUUGCCGCGGGAGCAGGCGAGGGCGAAGCAUGGGAAGGGGGGCAAGAGGGUACUGAGUGGUGAGGAGAAGAAGUGGCUUAAGAGGGAUGAGGAGACGGAUGGGUUUUUGGUGCCGGAUCCGGAUGCGGGGUUGCCUAUUAGGAGGCUGGAUGAUCGGAGGGAUAAGAGGGGUGAGGGGCAGAGGUGGGAGCAGAGGGGGUAUAUUGGGAAUAAGAGAAGUUCUCAAUAG